AUGUCGGGAGCGCCAUUUUCAUUCCUUCGGUCUCUGUUGAAGGAAAGGGCAUCAUACGUGACUUUGGAGAACACCCACCACCUGCUCAUCUUACUGUCAACGCGUCCGCUCUCGAGCAAGUUUGCUGCGACGCGAAGAGGACAUCUUUUGCUAUCGGGUGAUAUCGAUAAGGCCCAGAGUAUGAUGAAAGUAGCAAAAGCAGGUGUAGAAAGAAGGGGGCGCUGGGGAUGCUGGAUUUCCCAUCCCCUCGAGCUACGACGUCCGCGUCAGUUCUCGGCAGGAGUGCGUCAACUCGCAAUCCAUUUCUCCCCUGAGACGACGUGUUUUUGUCAAGAGAGCACAUUCGUCGAUAUUCUCCAUGACGGUAAGGGAGUACAGGCGGCGGCAGGACUGGCGAGGAUCUUUAAAGGUGGGGAAUGUGUCAUCUUUAUUCCUUUGGUCGUGGCGACAUCUCUUCCUGAAAGGACGGCGGCAUACACCUCUUCACGCGGUCCUUGUCUCGACAGCAGCGCGUCAAUGCACAAGCAAUUCCAACACAACAAUUUAUUGAUACAACGCCUGCUCUCAACAUCAAUCGCUGGGUAUCAACCACCUCCAAGCACGAGGGCAGCGUUACUGAAGGAGUUUUUCCCCGACGCUGUUUGCCUCAGGACAAAGCUCUGCGACGCGACGUUUGCCAGGCAGUAGCGUGUGUGCGUAGUCUACCCUUGACUCGUUCUCGCGACUUCCACCUACUAACUCAUUCAACGUUCAACUACCGACGUAACGACUCAGGAAUAAUGCCUGCCUCGACAUCGAUUUCUUGGUUUCAUCCUGACGCUGCGUCGUUCGCUCGAGACGACAAGCUUUCUGCGACAAGAAUGCUCCGUAGACUCGCUCACCAAGUCGCGCAACUCAGUCCCAGUGACUUCUCGUUCCCUCCACUCCGAGUCAGCACCUCCCUUACGGCUUGCUCCCUACCCUGA